CAAGCGCUCCCAUACAGUAUCAAGCUCAAAAUUGGCAGCUGUUUGAAUUAUUUUGUUUCUGGGUCUAUACCUCCGUCAGCGCAGCGAGAAUUUUAGCCGUCAAUUAUGUGGGGUGCUUUCGUUGCAGUUUUGUGCUUGGCGUUCGCCGGCCACGUUUCUGGGACAUGGUUAAAGAGCAAUGAUCCGUCGAUGUCAAACAUGGGUUUCUACCCCGAGACGAUGGAAUGCGAUGACAAAGUCGAGCGAUGCGUGCACUGCUUCCAGGAGAAAUCCGGCGGGGAGGUGUACAUGCAUACCUUUGAAUUUACAACCAACCCCGUUAAGUACCAGAUCAACAUGUUCAUGGGCAAGCUAGAUCGGAAGCUGUACGUCAUGAGAAACAACACCGAGAAGGUGUUCCGCAUGUGCUUCGAGCACAACUGGACCCCGAAGGGCCAGGAAGACUUCAAGGUGGACAUCUGCAUGGACAACAACUUCAAGGAUCUGGAGGUACCCGAGGGGUGUGGCGACCCGGCCGCCUUGGUCACCUUCGACUACCACCACUCGGACGACAAAAUCCACGGCCAACAGAUCCUGUACUGCACCCCGAACGCUGCAUCUGCGUUGCCGGCCUAAAAAUACACAGGAGCAUGGGAAAUCGGAGGUUUCAGAACACUGCGCAUGGCAUAGGCCCUUUUCCAUUUAUUUUGUAUUUUCUCGCGUUUCAUUCUCUUUUAAACCUUAUUGGAGAAGUUGGCGGUUUUUAGGCACAUUUAUAACGUAAAUUAAAGUUGUUGAAAAAUUAAGGUUUUAACCUCGGUGUAUUUAUUCAAAUUGUUAAACCAAACCGGGUUUUAAAUGUAGUUAUAGUAACAAGCCCGGCUGGAUGUGGUAUCACACAAAAACAUGUAAUUCAAGCCGCAAGCUGGACGCCCUCAAGCGGGCAAGUGAGUCCAUUUUCGAAACAUGCAAAGGAAUGUUUCUUUCCACCAUGCAAAGUAGAUUAUAAAGAAAGCGAAAAAUAAUGGAAUUGAGAAAAAAAAA